AUGAGAGGGGAGCCAGCCGGGCCUGCAACAGUGAAACUCCUCACCUAUCUGCUCCUGAACAAGGCCGAUCCAAACGCUCGGGACCGAGCGGGACGCACUGCUCUCAUGUACGUCUGUGCGCAGCGGGCAGGAGCUCAGGUGGCGUCCUCCCUGAUAGCAGCAGGAGCCGACCCCAGCAUGGAGGACUACUCCGGAGCCUCGGCACUGGUGUACGCCAUCAAUGCACAGCACCGGCCCACACUGAAGGUGUUGGUGGAUGCCUGCCGGGCCAGGGGUCGUGACAUCAUCAUCAUCGCCACGGAGAUUGGUGGGAACGGAGGCCCGGUGACCAGGCAUUACCUGAACGUUCCUCCGUGUCCGGACAACUCGCCGGCGUCCUGCAUGUCCCCGUCGGACAUCGUCCUCAGGACCGGAUCACCCAACUCCACCGAGAGAGAAGACGUCUUCAACUUCAGAGGAGCUGGCCAAAGAGGAAGCAGCAGCAGCAUCAUUCCACCGCCCAGACAGAGAGUGCUAUCUGAACCAUGGCUGGCCGUUCACAGCCUGGCCUGUCUGAACCGGACCUACGGGGAGGGCAUGAGGGAGAGGAGCCUGCGGGAGGAGGAGGCGGGCGGAGAAGAUUCAAGGAGGAGGAAGGGAGGUGAGGAGCCACAUUGUCAUCAGGCCGGCCUUCAAAGGAGGCCAGAGAGACUCUGUAGAGGGGCCGACGGCGCCUGCAGGGAGGGUUUUCUUCCCGGGCUCUCCCAGUGGGCCCUCUCCCUCGCGGAGGUGAGGUUGCCGCAGGCCGCCAGGAGCAGGCCGGUCCCGGACAGGUCUUUUGGACCCGGAGGUUCAUCAUCACCCCAUCACUCCCAACUUCGCAGGAACACCCUGCCUUCCCUCGCGGUGGUUCCUCCCGCGCUUCACUUCCCGCGUUUGGCCGACCACUCACACCGCCGGGUCCCAACCGCCGAAAGCAGGAGCCUGGUGUUUCUGCCUCACCCUCCCGCCUCGUCUCCGCCCUCCUCUUCCUCCAGAGGAUCGGCGAGACCGGCGUUGCUCCCCCGGCUGUCGCUCACCUCCUCAGUGACCUUCCUGGUUGCGGCUCUGGCCGGAAGUGACAGGAGCAGGAGAGCGCAGCGUCGCCACUCGGUACAGCUCGAGCAGAUGGGAGGAGGAGGAGGAGAAAUCAUUUAGGCCUUCAUCCCUCAAUAAUGUGGUUCUCUGACAGGCAAAAGCAUUAAACAGGUUUGACCUGAGGAAAUUAUUCCCAAUAAA